AAUGAGACAAUCUCACACCGAAAUAUUAAUUAAAAUUUUGAAAAAGGUAGUUUUCGUUUUCAUAUAUUUGGGUUAAUCAGUAAGAAAUCAGCACAACAAAAGCUUAAAGGCAAGAGAGGAAAAUUGAACACAGUUACUGAUAUGGCAACACUUAAGGUUGUGCCUGUUAUUAUUAAUAAUCUCUCAAAUUCUUUUUAUAAAGGAAAGGUGACGUUAUUUUCUGACGGUCCAAAAGAUCCUUGCGAAGCAGCGCGGAGAUGUUUAGCUGAGUCGACGGAAGGAGAUGGUCUAAACGCUGGGCUAUCCUUCGAUGUUCGAUCAUACGGUUGUACCAGGCUGCGUGGAAUAAGAAAUGGGAGACCAGACAGUAACAGAAAUCCCUCCAAAAGGGUUGAAGAAAACGAAAAAUUUGUUGACGAAUCUCGAAGAUCAGAAGAAUCAUCGCAAAGAGAAAUGGAAACCCGGGAUUUGCUGAAUGACGCAGAUCGAACAUCAGAUGAAACAAUUCGAGGACGACAAGAAACGGAAGAUGAAACGUCGAGUUAUUACUUGAGGUCCAAUGAAAAGGGAUCACGAAGGAAAAGAUUAGCCAGAGAAAGGAUCGAGGUUCUUGGCCAAAAAUCAUGUACAGAAGCCGAUGCGUCACAGUCAGAACCAAUUGCAAAGGUGUUUAAACAGUUGCCUUAUUCCUUGAGAUCCAAUAAAAAGGCAAAAGAAACAUUACCAGAAGGGAAGGAAACGAAUGUAAAUGACAACCAUGGUUAUGACGUUGUGGGAUGCCACUACUCCCUGAAGCAACUUGAUGAAGACCUCGAAAAAAAGUUUGAAUCGGAAAAAUACAAACAAAAAAUGGCUCCUAUUAUUGAAAGGCUCAAAUCCAGAAUUAAGGAAGAUGCCAACUGUGGAUGUUAAUCAAAUGGACUCGAUUUUAUGGUCAAUCAAUAAUAUACGCGAAUAAUUAUCUAUAACUUAAGGCCGGUAUACACGACAAGCGUUUUGGGGCUUAGCCAGUCUGACGAUUUUGUCCCGCUAUGUAAAUUUCGUGUUAUUAUAAUUAUUAAUUUGUUUAGAAAUUCAUUGUUUUCA